AUGGUUACAGAAUAUGAGUUUCUCCUCAUUGAGAAAGCGUUCACAAUCCCUUGCCAAUAUCUUGAUCAACUUGUGGAUGAUAGUAAAAAACCUUUCUAUCGGUGUGCCUGCCUCCCUUCCGCUGGGCUCCUCUGCUGCCAUAGUCGGAGAUGCCCUCAUCUAGGGUGUCGGUGCGGCUCAUGUUCAGACACCUUCCCUUAUUUAUUCGGCGCGUUGUUGUUACUCUUCAGAGCGUCUUUGGCGGAAUGGGGUGGAGUUUCGAUCUGGCUGCUACCGUCGUUGGGAGGGUCGAAGUCCUUCGCCUUUUUCUCCCCUGGAUCUACUCGCUUUCCUGGUGUUGUGGCAGUAGGUCAGAUGGAGAGGUGGUCAAUUGCUGUCGGUGAUGGGCUGGCUUCGUCCAGUUUGGUGUUGGGGGUUGCUUUGGGGUGGUGCUCCUGGGAGGGUGUUCCGAGUGGUGUUUUGGCUGGUGGCCUGCCGGCCGUCCGUGGUUGCCGGCGGGACAAAUACAGAAUUACGACCCAUUUGGACAAGAAAAUAUAA